CGUAAAAGGGUGGUGGCAACAAGACAACUGAUCAGGAAGAAGUUCGUGUGAGGAAAAGAAAAGAGAUCUUUCACCAUGUCCAAAAGUACGAAAUCUACAGAUUUUAGGAAGGUCAAUGUUGACGAAUUUAAUGAAAAUAAUUACCAAGAUGACGAUGUUGGAGAUGCCGGUGAUGCUGUAUUACCAACGGAUUCAGAGAUUCAAACACUCCUGAACAGUAAGAAGAAUUUAGAUGCAUUACAGCUUCUCUUGAAAAAUCCACCCACCACAAACAACAAAGGAGAAAAGGAUAGAGCACAUAGUCUGGUGAUCAGAGUUCUAACUGCUUUCAAGGUAUCAGAAGUAGGUGCUGCCGUGAAUGCAUUAGAUAGUGAUUCCAUUGACAUCCUCAUGAAAUAUAUCUACAGAGAAUUUGCUGCACCCUCAGAAAAGAGUGCAGGAAUCUGCCUCACAUGGCAUGAAAAGGUAUAUGCAGUUUCUGGUGUAGGCUCAAUCAUCCGGGUGUUGACUGACAGAAAGGGGGUUUGAUCAUUUUCAGCUUCAGACUAGUGUAUUAUGAAUAUUUUUUUAAUAAUUGAGUAUAGUCAAAGCACAUGCCACAUCUAUGAAUGUAGAGAUUUUAUCGGUAGACCAUUACUCCAAUGCCAUAUUUACUUUCAUGUAUUAUAAAGCAUUCCACCUGCGACUGAAUAGAUAGGUGUUGAGAACGACAUUGAUCAGUUGCAACUCUUAAUGAAACAUGGUCCUUGUAUUAGAUUAUCACAUGAAGUACUGCUUGAUUGGGUCUUCCAAAAUCAAAUUUUGAUUUUGAUCAGUUGCAACUCUUCAUAGGACGUGGUCUUGCAGGAACCAGUAUAGAGAUUGAUCAUCUGAAUUUCUGGUUAGAAGGCUCUAUUAAAAUAAAAAAUAAAAGAUUUGAUUGCCAGUCAUUAAAACAAUGAUACACCGUUAUCUUGAGACUUUUUCUAGACUUCAUGUCAAACUAGUUUGCACAGUGCAUUCGGGAUGUUAUCACAGAUUCCCUAGUAGAUGCAUUCCUAGGAAACACUUUCCUUCCCAUCUAUCAAGAUUUUCAUCGCACCAUCAUUUUCAAAAGUUCAUAACAUUACAAGCUUAUUAUCAUUUGUAUACUAUCGUAGUCUUUCUGCAGUCACAUUUCCCCUAUUGCGAGUCGAAAACAGCCGUUUUAUUCAAACCGCCCAUAUGUAGCUGGUACAAAAAAUGUUAAAACUGCUGUUUUCAUAGCUAUGACAUCACACGUCAAUAGAAGGGGAAAUGUGACUGAGCCAUUGAGAACAAAGAGGAGCAUCAGUCACACUUACAAAUCUGAUUCCAAACCAACGGAUGGUAUGUCAUUCAAAUAUAAAAGUAAUAUAAUUCAUCAUUCUGGGCCCCAUCUUUCAAAGAGUUGCGAUAGAUUCGAUCAACCUCAACUGUAUGGAAAUCUAUCAGUGUCAUUAUUUUGUCUACAGGAAAUUUGCACCAUGUCCUUUAAAACAGAGAGAAGAUCAAUGAAUUUUCAAGAAGAUGAUAGAUGUAGGAAUAUACAUCAUAUCUGGAAAAUAUUUUGAUCAAAGGUGCCUUUUAAACGAUGACGUUGCUGGCUUUCCAUAAUUGUGGUUGAGUGGAUCAAUCACAAUUUUUGUAAAAUGGGGACCUGAAGUCAGUUAUAUUAAUGUGACUGACACAAUGAUAUAUGCCUCUCUAAAUGAGAGUUAUUACCAAUGACUUAAACAUGUAAGAUAAUAGUCUUACUAGUAGGAGUUUAAUUUUUUUUUAAGAGUGUUCUUAAAGGAGAUCCCAACCGAAUAGGAAAAUUGUUUCAAACUAAUUAUUAGUGAAGCAAAUAAGAGAAGGUUUGAACAAAAUCCAAAAAAGUAACACAUGAAAUAUUUAUGGGGACAACAGAUUGGUGGCAUUGAUAAUUUUAUUGUGCUGUAGGGUAAGGAUUCCACUCUUCCAUGUUUCACAAGUCCUCUAAAACUCAACUAAGAAUUUCUGGUUAUAUUGUGGCAAACAGAAGAGUAGUCUCUACAACCUGUCACAAUCUGCUCACCAAAUUGCAAAUAUGAGAUUUUCAUAGUCUUUAGUCUUUGUAACUUGUUUUUCAAAUAUGUAUACUUUCACUUUUAUUAUAGUCCUGUCUGUUUAAAUUAUCCAUGUUACUAAAAUGAACAUUGAAUCAAAAUGUUGUAAUUGUACAUGGAAAAUUGAUUUUUGAAAUCGCCAUCUGUUAUUUCUCAUUGUGCAUAUCCAACAUGAGACACUUGGUGAUGGAGAAAAACACAAAAUAUAAUAUAUAUUAUCUCAAGUUUGAUCGAACCAAAGUAUGUAUGACUUGAGAUUACUUGUUUCGAUUUUAUAGCAAUUUUUGUACAUGGUUUUGGGCGUAUUUGUCAGAGUAGUUCAACUAAAUAUUGAGUACAUGUACACAGGGGCCGUGGAACAUUGUAUGACGGUUGGGGUCUGAACAUGCAAAAAAAAUCACAAGAGAAUGUAACUUUCUUUUUUUACACAUGGGUUCCUUCCCGCCCCUGGUACAUGUAUUUUAUCAAUAGCAUAGGGUGUAUUGUAUCUUAUAUUAUUGAUAUAUCUAGAGACAUUGUGUAUAUGUCAUUUGUAGCAUUUUAUUUCAAUUAUCUAUAAAACAAUGCCAUUUAUAUAAAAAGAAAGUAAACA